AUGGCAACAAGAAUUGAAAAAGGGUUUAGGGCAGCGGGAGAUCAACAACAUGAAGGUGAAUUUAAACAAGAGUUUCUUGAAGCAUAUAGAAAACAAUAUGGUGAAUCAAGUAUAACAGCUGAUCAAACUUGGGAAUUAUAUACGUCUGCAAGAGAAAAACGGCGUGCAAAAAAAACGGAAGCUGGACAAGUUGGAGAACAACAACAAAAACAAAUCUUUGAAGAAUUACAUACUGAUUUUAAAAAAGAUUAUACAGCUGCUCAUGGUAAUAAUAAGGUUAAUGAUGAUCAAGCAUGGGCGCUUGUUCAAGAUAUUAUACGUAAUAAACGAAAAAAAUGGCCAAAACAUUGA